CGGCCGUUUUCACGCGUGAUUCCGACCCCGGCGGCUGACUCCCGCGGGCGCGCCGGCCGCCCUCGCCGUCGCGUUUUUUGGCGUUUCGCUCGCGAAAGUUGUGACUUAAAAUUACUUUUUUUUUUCCCUCCCUCUUCUUCUUCCUCCCCCCCUCCUCCUCUUCCGACGGUCACCCAAACAUGCAACAGUUAGCUCGUUAGCUAGCCGUCGUGAAGUUGUUGUUUAAAAAAAAAAAAAAAGAUGUUUCUUUCCACGUACAAAAGACUUUGAAUCAGCGCGUGUUACAGUUUGGGAGCAGUUACGCGUUGGGUUGUUUGCGUUUUAUUUCUUUUUUUUUAUCAUUCUUUCGACCGAAGUAACUUGGGGAAGCAGGCAAGGCAGGUCGAGCUAAAGCAACGUGUCUCAUUUCCGCAUUCAUGUUUUUUUUUGGGGGGGGGUCUGUGUGUGUGUGUGCGCGAGGAGUCAGGGCCAUGUUGGAAGCGACCGAUGUCUUCGCCACCCGACAUUUCGCCUUGAUUGAAUCCCAGGGACUUUUUUUUUUUUUUUUCAUUUCCUCCCAAGCGUUCCGGGGAGGGGGUGGGAGGCCAUAUCAAAGCACAGUAAGGCGACUUUAUGGCGUGGCGUCGGGAGUCGAGAGCCGCCUAGACGCUGACUUGUACCCUCUGGGAUCCGGCUACGUCCCUGAAAUCGACAGUGUCCAUGACAUAUCAGUUGGCACGAAGAGAGGAUCUGACGAGCUCUUUUCUUCCUGCUUAUCCAACGGGCCCUAUAUCAUGAACUCAGCCAAUGGCAACGACAGCAAAAAAUUCAAGGGUGAUGUCCGCAGUCCCGGUGUUCCGUCACGCGUGGUUCACCUACGCAAGCUGCCCAGCGACAUAAACGAGGCUGAGGUCAUCGGGCUCGGUUUGCCGUUUGGGAAAGUCACCAAUCUGCUGAUGCUGAAAGGGAAAAACCAGGCGUUCCUGGAGCUUAACAGUGAAGAGUGCGCUCAGACCAUGGUGAGCUACUACUUGUCGGUGACCCCCGUCAUCAGGAACCACCCCAUUUACAUGCAGUACUCCACCCACAAAGAGCUGAAGACUGACAACUCCCCCAACCAAGUGCGCGCCCAGGCCGCUCUGCAGGCGGUCAACGCUUUGCACGGCGGCGGCGGGAUCACCGGCAUGGCGAUCGCGGCCGACGCAAGCAGCCUUGCCGGCGGUGCCGCUCAAAGCCCCGUUCUCAGAGUCAUCGUGGAGAACCUGUUCUACCCGGUCACUCUGGACGUGUUGCACCAGAUAUUUUCCAAAUUUGGCACAGUGCUGAAGAUCAUCACGUUCACAAAGAACAACCAGUUCCAGGCUCUCAUCCAGUAUGCCGACGCCAUGAUGGCUCACAGCGCCAAAUGUCUGGACGGGCAGAACAUCUACAAUGCGUGCUGCACCCUAAGAAUCAGCUUCUCCAAGCUCACAAACCUCAACGUCAAGUACAAUAACGACAAGAGCAGAGACUACACUCGCCUGGAUCUGCCCACCGCCGACGCUCAGCCCACUUUGGACCACCAGACCAUGGCGACUGCCGCUUUUGCUGCUCCAGGUAUAAUAUCAGCCUCUCCAUACGGAGGCGCUCAUGCAUUCCCACCAACCUUUGCCUUCCAGCAAGCAGGUCUUGCAAUGCCCGGCAUCCCCAGCGCCCUGGCGUCCCUGGGCGUCGGGCACGGCGGCAUGGCGGCGGCAGCGGCCGCCGCCAGUCGCCUCAGCCUGGCCGGGCUCGCCGCCGCCGGCGGACACAACGUCCUGUUGGUCAGCAAUCUGAACCCGGAGAGCGUUACGCCAAACUGCCUCUUUAUUCUUUUCGGUGUGUAUGGCGACGUGAUGAGAGUCAAGAUUCUGUUCAAUAAGAAGGAGAACGCUCUGAUCCAAAUGUCGGAUGGCACCCAGGCUCAGCUAGCCAUCAGCCACCUGAACGGCCAGCGGCUGCACGGCAGGGCCAUCCGCGUGACCGUGUCCAAGCACACCACAGUCCAGUUGCCGCGAGAAGGCCAGGAGGACCAGGGCUUGACCAAGGACUACAGCAACUCACCGCUGCAUCGCUUCAAGAAGCCAGGAUCCAAGAACUACUCCAACAUCUUUCCGCCUUCUGCCACGCUGCAUCUGUCCAACAUACCCCCCGCUGUGGUGGAGGAAGACCUCAAGAGGCUUUUUGCCAGCUCAGGAGCCACUGUCAAAGCCUUCAAGUUCUUUCAAAACGAUCGCAAGAUGGCCUUGAUCCAGAUGGGUUCGGUGGAGGAGGCCAUCGAGUGCCUGAUUGAAUUGCAUAACCAUGACCUGGGAGAGAACCAUCACCUCAGAGUGUCCUUCUCAAAGUCCACCAUCUGAGUGCCUUCAGACCCCUCGUCCCCCCAACCCCACCCCCUCCCCGUCCCGAAGCUUAUUUACCAUCUUGAUUGCGCCCGAUUCUUCGGAUCGCUCUCAGUGGAAAUGACAGGUUUCGCAAGUGUUUCAUUGCAGAAAGUUACUACUCUUAAAUGUUCGGUUUGGGUACCAAAAGGAUUUGGUUCAUGGAUCCUAUUUUAUAUGUCGGAAAAAUGACACCCAGUAUGUUCCAUCUGAAAAACACCUACUUGGUUUAUUUUGUUGGGGGCGAGGUCCUCUGGUCUCAAAAUGGAAGUUAAGUGAUUCAGGCAAUCGCGCACACACACACAUUGUGUGUGUUUUAAGCCUUUUACUUUGAAAGAGCCCCCGUUUAAGAGCUACGCGAUGCAUACGUUAGUGGUAGAAGCACAACCGGUCGGGAAUAAAAAGCGGGGGAUCAGCUUUUCUUUUUUUUUUUUUUUUUUUUUUUGGUACCUGAACCUGAAGAUUAGCUCCGGUCUGCAGUGAACCGGCAACAAAGACACAUCGGAGCUUAAAAGUCGAGGCAGCUGAUGAACUGUCACUUCAAGACCAAAUUGCUUAAAAUGGCCGCCGCCAUCUGUAGCAGACACACUUCAAGCAUUCCUUUAGCGACGUGUGCCCCCCCACCCCACCUCCCCCCAAACACACACGCACACACGUUCGGCCAUUCGGAAACCGUAUGAGGCAAACUCCUUGACCACCAAACAACCUCUGAAAUAUACUUAAAUUCUUUUAUUCUUUUUUUAAAACAUUUUUUAAGUAUCUUGUAAUUUCUGUUUGCUUCAAGGGAUCUGCACCACUAUCCGUAGCACGCCACGCUGUUCAUCUUUAUUGACUUGACAGUCUUUUGUGCCUUACUCCCCCCCCCCCCCCC